CAAGCAACCCUAGUGUUGCUACUUGCUUGAUAACAGCUGGUGCCUGGUACAACCUUUAUUUUGUAGUUAUUUACAAUAUGAAAUAAAUGUUGAAAAACGCUUAUAAUUAUCUAAUAUUAAAAAGAUUAUGAAUAUUUUUCUAACUAAAACCUUACCACUUCAAGAUCGAAGGUCAAAAUUAACUAAAUACCUUUUGCAAUGCCAUUUUAUCGGUGAACGAGUUUCAGGCUUCCCAUUGUUAUUGAAUGACGUGUAAUGUUUCCAACGGCGGGCGAUGAAGAUAUAACGCAGGUCACGUCAUUAACAGAAAACCCAACUACAAGUAGCAAUGAUCACAAUUCUACUGAAAAUACGCAAAUUUCAUCUCAUCACAAUAACAGGGAGUUAACUCUUAACAUGUUGAUUAAAGAAAUAGUGUUUUGUAUCGCAUUGGCUUUGACUGCUUACGGAGCGCUCCAUAACACAUCAACAAAAAUAUCAAAACAUCCUCAAGCAGUAAGAUUUUUUAGCCCAGAGUCUGUAGUGGUUGACUGGUACCGGGGACAACUGAGCCGUGCUCUGUCAAUCAUCAACAAUGCAGAUGUAUCAUUUGUCAUGUAUUAUGCUCCUUGGGAUGCAGAAUCACAGUAUGUUCGCAGGGAAUUUGAGAAAGCCGCUAUGAUUUUGAGUCACCGUGUGCAUUUUGCCGCAAUAAACUGUUGGAAUCCAGGAAGUGAGUGUAGGAUACAGCAUAACAAGAUACCGUCUUGGCCUAUCCUAAUGGCUUAUACAGUUAAUUCCAGGGGAGUGCUUUAUAAAGGAAUCAGAGAUGCUCACAGCAUGGUCAAGUUUCUGGAGUUGAUAAUGCGACCUAUCAAAAGAAUAUCUUUAACAGAAGACCUUGUCAAUAUGUUGUCUAUCUGUGAUGCGGUAGCAGUAGCAUUUACACCAUUAUCAGAAACUUCAAAAUACUAUAACAUUUGGUAUAAUGUCGCGUUGAAAUCGCGAGAAUUUGAUCCUGUGGGCGAGAUAUGUUACGGAGCAGUGACUUCCGAGGAACUUGCAGUGGAUCUCGGAGUGGAUGUCGUGCCUAACGUGCGGCUCAUGUUGUGGAAUGACACAAAGGUAAGUAAGGAACUCAUAAAUGAAGGAAGUCGCAUUCAACAGUGGAAUGAAUCAACACUAAUGUAUUGGGUAUUAGAGAACUUUGCUCAACCAGUGGCGAGAAUCAUUCCCAUGUGGAAGAAAGCUUUUAGUUUCGAAAGAUAUGUAGACGGGAACCCGAUUUUGAUUCUGUUUACACCUCUUAAUCCGAUGUACGAACAAUUACCCUCUUAUGCUCUGUUACGCGAAGUGGCUAUGGAAUAUUCCAAUUGCAAGAACAACGCAACCAACCAAUGGACAUCUGAGCUAAUAAAACUACAGCAAAUACAAAGACUACUAUAUCAACAAAAGAACGUCACUAGUUUCUGUGACGGUUACAAGUUCAACACGCCCAGAAAAAAACACAACCAUUUAUUUAAAAAAGAAAUCGAGUCCCGAAACAAUAAGUAUCCAUGGAGUAACUCAACUCAUAAAACACAGAAGAAUGGUAUAUUCAAUUUCCUAUUAAAACGCGACCUGGACAUUUCCAAAGCUAUUGAUAAUCCUGAGGAUUCUCAAUUACUGUCAUCGUUGAAUCUGCUACAAGAAUGCAGUAUGACAGUGAGUGAUCCGAGCUAUACAGAUUUUGAACAAUGCCAGUCUUACGAGAAAUAUUUGAAUGAAGAACAGGAGAAAAACAUGAAUCGGGAAAUAGACACAUCGAUGUUGCCAUUCGAAGACGAUCCGUACUCAGCCGAAAGCCUUAUACAAGACAACAUAAAACAUUUCUGCAAACUGAUGAGAUUCGCUCACGAGUGGGGUCCUACUGCAUUCCCGACGAGGGUACCAGACGAGAGGCGCAACGUCACCAAUGUCCAAGGGCUGGCGUGUGCGACCAACUCCACUCUGUACAUGCUGGCUGUCGAUAGUGUGAAGAACCAUCACUUUGCCGAAGCGCUUGGCAUCGAUAUAACCAGUAAAAAGGACAUGACGGGCGUCGUUAUAUUAGAUAGUAAGCAAGAAAGUCAAUAUGUUCUCUCAGGGGACUACAACGCGAAAUCUAUUCGCGACUUCGUGUACAACUUCACGGCGAAGCGUCUGAAGCGUUCGCUGCGCACGCGCAUCGACGACGCCGCGCACACGCACUACUUCGGCUCAGACGGACUGCAAGAACUUCACGCUAGUAACGACACCGUGAACAUCGUGGAUCUGACCACUAAAACGUUCCGGAGACUUGUUAAAACUCCUGGCGCGGUGUCGAUCGUGGUGGUGUGCGGCGGCGCGUGCGGCUGGGCGGCGGCGCGCGCGGCGGCGGCGGCGGCGGGCGCGCUGCGCGCCGGCGGGGUGCGCGCCGCGCCCGCGCGCCUCGACGCGCUGCGCCACGACCUGCCCUGGCACUACCACGCCGCGAGGUACCCCACCGUCUUCGUCUUCCCCGCAGACAGAAGCCGCGAGGCGGAGAGCAGGUCGUACCCGGCGGAGCUGCGCGUGUCGUCGGGCGGCAUCGUGGCGCUGGCGCUGCGUGCGGUGCGCGCGCCACAGCGCAUGCGCGUGCGGCUCGCGCUCUGCGCACACGCGCCGACCAUUGCCGAGAAGCACACCUGCUUGAAGGAUAUCAGAGAACACAUGACGACAGUAAUCGGCAGAAACCUAAAAUACUGGCGUGGAACGGAGGACAGGGAACUGAAAGACGCAUUGCUAAGAAGACUGCAACAUUUGCAUCAAGUAUCGUUUAAGUUAGGACUAAUCCAUAUAACAGAUCUCAGCAGUAAUAGUGGUAAGCAGAGUUCGUUAAUAAACUCGAUUAUCGCCCUUUCCAAACAUUGGCAUAUAGACGUAUCGAUUUUAAGAAGAAAUAAUACUGCCACCAGAGAUAACAGUUGAUAUUAACUAUUGUUAAACACCUUGUACAUAGUUAGUUGCUCAUUUUGUAGAUUUGAAAGCAUCUAAUUUAUUUUUGAACUAUAAAAUAUUAUUAAAAUGUUGACUACAAAUAUA